AUUCUGCUUCUGGACGCCGAUCGGUGCGGACGCAGGAUGGAUAGCUCGCCCCGAGCAGCGACAGCGGUCGACGCCGGCCGCGGUACAGCGUCUCCUCUCGUUCCAAAAGAAUACAGGAUUAUUCUGCCUUCGUUGCCAUCAGGAGAAGCGAUGAAACGAGCAGUUGCACUACACUGCGACGUCAGUGGUCGACCAUAUCGCAUCGACGACUUCAGGAAACCCCUCAAAGACUUGGCUGUGAUACAGCAAGUGAGUGGCAUUGGGGCAUAUCAGAUGUCGCACGUGUGGUUAUUGAACAUGAAGACUGACGAAGCGAAGAAAAAGCUAACAGAAGCAGGCGUCCUGAAAGUUAAAAACCGGGUGUGCCUUGUCAUCGACCCGACACGUCAAGAAGUUAAGAUGAAGCUGCACUGGCUGGCGUUUGAUGUUACAAGGGAAGCUAUCCGACGUGCCUUCUAUGAGUACGGCGACGUCAAGGAGGUGAGCGAUGAUCGGUGGAGGGUUGAGGAUUUUGAAGGAGUAGAAUCAACAACCCGUAUGAUACGCUUGCAGCUACGAGAAGGUGUUUCUGUGGAUCAACUGCCGCAUCAAAUGCGUAUUGGAAGCAUUAUGGCACUUGUCGUAGUGCCAGGGAGAGCGCCUUUGUGCUUGCGGUGCCGAAGUACGGGGCACAUGCGACGCGAUUGCAAAGUUCCAAGGUGCAGCGACUGUCACUCUUUCGGACAUGAGCGAGAUGAGUGCACCCGCUCGUACGCUCGAGCUGCCGGGCGACAAUCUGAGACUCAACAGAGUGAACUCAUCAUGGAUGAAGAAGAAUCGGAACAAGCGUCGGUGCCUGCAACACCACAGAAGCUAACGUCAUCGGAUGAUGCGGCGGUGUUGAACAACAGUAAGGAGCUUUCUAUAACCUCCGACAUGAACGCCGAGCAAAGGAAAGAAACUGCAGUAGCCACGGAGGGUACAACAGUGAACGGACAGACGCGCCCCGCGCCUGCAGCAGACGCCGCGCCGCUGCAAGCAAACCGCCUGGAAAUCUCGGCGUCGCCGCUCAAGCCUACUGUGACACCAUUGAAAUCGGCUUCACAUCAUCCUUUACGGAUAGAAACAGAAGAAACGCAAAGUUUGCUUGGUGAUCUGAAUACUUCGAGUAUGGAUUUAGAGGUAGCGUCUUCAAAACGCCGGCACGAUUCAGAUGAUGGUGCUCAAGAGGAUGAAGCACAAGUGAAGUCUGAAGUGCAGUGGAAGGUGGUCAGUGGAGGAAAGAAACGAAACGCUGCCCGACAACGGUCGUCGUCGCUCAAACGCGACGACGGCCGCGCAAACUAG